AUGGCUGGCUACACACUCUCAGUCGCACCAAACGACAAGCCACUCCAGCUACUCAUUUCGUCAUUCAAGAACCUUCUCACUCCCACAGUCACCGUUUCCGAGUCCACUCCGGCUGUGUCUCAGCUUGUGUUGAGCAACGCCGACACUGUUGCGGGAACAAACACCAUCGUUUCGCACCUGUCAACACUCAUUCCCGCGUUCAAGGAGGACCAAUACACAGACCUCGAGAAGGCCGAAAUCACUCAAUGGCUUACCCUCACUGCCGCGUCCCCGAUCAUUGAGGACACUCUGCGCUCGCUGGACGGUGAGCUCAAAUUCCGCACCACAAUCCUCGGCGAGAAGCCUUCUAUCGCAGACGUGGUUGUGUAUGCCCGUCUCAAGGACGAUGUUGCUGGAUGGACAGAUGAGCAGAGAACUGGAGAGACUGGCUACAGGAACAUCGUCCGCUGGGUCGACUUUGUCCAGAACUCGCCUGUAUUUGGGCUCAACCUGCCAGAGGGUGAGAAGGUCAAGAUUGACCCCAGCAAGGUAUUGGUGUACUUGAAGCCCGAGGAGGCUGUUAAGGAGAAGAAGAAGGAGGGUGCUGAGGGAGAGAAGAAGGUUAAGGGAAGAGCAGGUGCUGCCGAGAAGGCUAAGGAGAAGGUUGUUGAGGCUAAGGAGGUUGUUAAAGAGGAGGUUAACAAGGCUGCAACUGCUGUUGCCGGCGACGGUAAGAAGAAGCAGCAGAAGAAGGAGAAGGGCCCUCGCAGAGAGGCCCCUCCAAAGGAAGAGCCUGUACUUUCACCCUGCCAGAUUGACCUCCGUGUUGGGCACAUUCUCUACUGCACUCCUCACCCCAACGCCGACUCAUUGUUCGUGUCUACCAUAGCCAUGGGCGACCCAGCUGACUCAGCUCUCGUCACUCCUCCUGGAACACUAACCCUCCCUGAGUCUGUCCUCACUGCGCAUAACCCUCUCCCUCCUGUACGCACAGUCUGCUCAGGUCUUAACGGACUUGUCCCCCUGGAGGCCAUGCAGAACCGCAAAGUUGUUGUCGUGGCCAACCUCAAGCCCGUCACUAUGCGUGGUGUCAAAUCCGCUGCUAUGGUCCUCGCCGCCUCCCCCGUCGGUGACGACCAUGGCAAGGUCGAGCUCGUUGCCCCCCCAGAGGGUGCAGUAGCUGGUGAGCGUGUGUACUUUGAGGGCUACAAGGGUGAGCCUGAGGCAGUGCUGAACCCAAAGAAGAAGAUUUGGGAGGCGAUCCAGCCCGGUUUCUCAACGAGCGAAGAGAACGAGGUGAUCUUCGACCGCUCAAAGGCCGGCUGGGAAGGUGAUGCGGCAAAGGGCAAGGCGCCAGGUGAGGGCGCGGUUGGGAAGCUGAUGGUUGAGGGCAAGGGAACAUGUCGCGUUGAGAGCUUGAAGGGAGCUACUGUGCGGUAA